AUGAGAGAUGCUGCCGAAACCUUCAUUGACGAACAUAAACCCAAUCUCACCCCCCAGGUAAGUAGUGACUCAUAUUCUGCCCCACUGACCUAUGCUGCGGCAGCCAGCCAAGCCCUCCCAACAACGCAUGCACAGACCCUAGCCAGGGAGAAAGCCCGAUCGUCCCAGGUCAUUGUCGAUGGAGCCACAUGCAAGCAUGCCGAUGGUUCAGUUCUAAACGAGGAUGAACUACUUGCCAAAGUGAACAUGGCGUAUGACCUGAUGGGAGUAACACGGGCAGAUGCUCCCUUGGAAUUUGCGUUUAAAUCGGUCAGCCGCAUGCACAACAGAGGAAUUGUUUACAAUUUGGACAGCAUGGAAUUAGCUAAGUGGCUCCGCAGUCCUGAUGUCAUGAAAAGCUUCUUAGAACACUUCAGUGACCAGGCUUCAUGCGUGAAGGUACACACAUACUCUACCCUUGCUGAGUUCGUCCCUGUUGCAUGCAAACCAGACAACAGCAGCUACCUCCGCAUCACUGAGGGAACUAACAACCUUGACCCAAAUGUCAUCGAAGAAGCCCACUGGAUAAAACCUCUGGAAUGCAGAGUGAAAGGACAAAAAGUCACUCACCUCAUUCUGCGGUUCAAUGACCCAUGGGCAGCCAACCGAGCCAUCUGCAAUGGUCAUAGCCAGCAAACUAGUCAUGGUAAGGAAACUGAUCUGGGAACCACACCGAUGCCUGAAAUGCCAGAAGAUCAGAGUUCCUCACCUUGCCAGACAUCUGCAUGCGAGGCAGACCCCACAGAUCUCAGAUGCAGCAACUGCAUCCUGGCAGGACGCACUGAUGCAGACCAUGUAGCAUGGGACCAUGACUGCCCCAUCUUCCUUGAACACUGCCGCCGCAUGGAGGACUGUCAGCCAGAAGCAAAGUACCGUUUCUUUCCCACAGAUGACCCAUCCUCCUGGGAACUCGUUGGCCAGCCGAUAGUACCUGCAGCACCCUCGCACCCUCACCAACAUGCCCCUGCACCCCCACGUAAUGCACUGUUCUCACAGGACUGGGCAAAUGAGGUCGACAACCUCUACCCACAGCCAGACCUGUACCCUCACCCCUCGCAGGCACGUCAGGCCUAUGAGGUGAAGCACCCCCACGAGGCAUCACAGACACAGCCGCACCUUGAACAGGCACGCAUACACCACUUGGUUUCUCGUUCAUCCUCCAGACUCUCAUACGCCAGAGCUUCACCUAUCAGUUUUCAUGCCUAA